GUAUGAUACAGCACCUGAUGCAACCAUGAGAUUUCUUCUAUCAGAUCCCAAGGAAGAUAAGGAAGAUGAUCAUAAACGAUCAGUUCAUAUUGAGGACUUGAGUUACUGCUGUUACAAUGAAACAGCUUCCAAGAUGUGUACGCCAUGCCAAGUAAUGGAUGCAAGGGAGUUAUCUUGGCCUGUGGAGUCUCGCACAAUUAGUUUAACAACAUUUGCCAAGGACCGCUGGCAGACAAAAAACAUGUCAUCAUCAGGAAAAUUUGGACAAUUUCAAACAAUCAGAGAAAACCUGUACUUCACGGUUCAACCUGAGCAGAUGAUGAUAAAAAUUGAACAUGCAGUGCUAGCUACAAAGUUUUUAACAGGUAAAGGAGGAAAAGACCUGGCAGCAUCACAAAGAAACAUGAAAGGAUAUCUUUAUGGCCAUGAUGGAAGUGUUAUUAAAAGUCUUUCAUCUAAUGAAAAGAAUGGUAUGAGAGGAAUGGCAGAUAAGCUCACUAUUGAAGAAAUCCUCCAAGCAGCUGGAGUUACAAGUCUGGAUGAACCCUCAGAUGCCCUCAAUGCUAAGGGAAAACCUUUCCGCAGACAUGGAAUUGUAUUGCAUAUGGCCAUCAAUUAUCAAAAUGCCAAGUCGACCUGGCUUGGAACAGGAGAUAUAGAGUAUUCAUACCAGGUGAGAAGAAUCCCAUAUGCUGAUUACCGAGUGAAUGAAGUCAUACCAGUCAUAGAUGCCACAGAUUUUACAAACCCAAGUUUAGAACGUCAUCAAGAAAAGCGACUCUUCAGGAAGCGUUAUGGAAUCAAAAUAGAAUUUCACCAAAGUGGUAGACUGGGUCACUUCUCUUUCCCAGCACUGUUACAACACCUCGUCUCUGCAGUUGGCCUUCUAACACUGACAGCAACCAUUGUGGAUAUUCUUGUUCUGUACAUCUUGCCUUAUAAAUCAGAAUACCGCAGAUUUGUUUAUGAAGAGUCUCCAAUCUUAGAAAUGAAAAAGAAUGCAUAACAAAAUGUCCAACUGUUUUACCAACAAUUAUUUAUUGGUUUAUUAAGAAUUUUUACAUAUAGACGAUUAUAAAAGUUCUUGUGGAGUCAUGUUGUACAACUUGUAAAUUCACCUGACUGUAAAUUUCCAAGUAAUAAGUCUUAAGAAUUUUUUCUCAUGGUGAAGUUGAUUUCUUAAGUACAAAUUAUGAUGCAAAAAUUAUCAUGAUUUUA